GGUGCAAAAGGCGGAUAUACAAAAUGCUUUAUGUUGUGCAUAAAAUUGUAUGAUUGUGACCUUUCUUCCUUUUGAGUUGAAUCUUACUGUCAUGAUCCUGGAGGAGAUUGGUUCCCACUGCAUGAGAGCCUUCGAUGCUCUUGAGGACAUCAUGAUAGCCACUCGCUCAGUGUGCUCGUGGUUGGCGUCUGGGUGACCGGAGUAGAUUAUUGAUUCUCCAGUUGAUAGUUUGGAGAGUCCACUCCCAUUCCAUCUGCUCUCGCAAAUCCCAAGCACUUCAAUGUGUUACCUUCUCAUCUCCUUUGCAAUCUGGGCUGCCUUACUGGGUUCAAACAUCGUACGGACAUUCCAUGUCCCCACGUUUACUUUCGCUUUCAUCGAGAGAAGACACAUCGGCCAAUUGGCUUCCCGAAGGCUUUCACCAACUGGCGUCAUUUCGCCUCUCCGAUUCCAGCGGGAUGGCAAGAAGUCUUAUCCCAUGAAAACUAACAUUAGGUUGUCAACUGCUGGACCGCCUUACAAUAAAGCUCCAGUGGAUCUCUCGGUAUCCUGAAAUGUAUAGUAUCGACAAAGGUACUGCUCGUUCUCACCUGCCACCUCUAAUAGGAAUAAACAAUGGAGCAGUAGGAAAUGACAGUAUCAGUGGAGUUCUUCCACCAUGUAAUUCAUCAUUAGGAGCAGGGAGUAUCAACAAUAAUAUGAGAAUGAAUAUACUGAAUAUCACUCAACUAUAUGAAGAUAGACAGGAGAAAAAUUUUGGUGACAUUUCAAUCACUACAGUCGGUAAUCCACUUCAUUUUCCCAGUGUUUCAAUAGGACAAAAUAAACCACAGUGUACUCAUCCUAGAAACAGAUCAGGUGGAUCAGCAAUAAAAGGAAACCUUAGUCCAUCAACACAUAAUAGCUUAAAAACGGAGACACAAAUAAGCUCCCUCAAAACUCGAAAUCGAGCUGCCGCAUGCGGAGGAGGAGGAGGAGGAGGAGGCUCAGAUUUUGUAAAUACCGUACACCCCGACUGUACAAAUGAAUCCACUAGCAUUUCACUUCAAUUAACUGAGUCAAGUAGCACAUUGUGUACAAAUCAAAGGCCUAACCAAAUGAUAACAAAAAGUCUUACUCCGGAAAUGGCAAUGAAAUUGUAUGUUCAUAAGUUAAGUGGAUAUGAACACCAUGAAAUACACAACUAUUCCAAUAUUUAUUUUGUGGGUCACAAUGCAAAGAAAAGAAAUGGAGUUCUAGGAGCAGCAAAUAACUGUGGAUAUGAUGAUGACCAAGGCUCAUAUCUACAUACUGUACAUGAUCAUGUUGCUUAUCGUUACGAAGUAUUGAAAAUCCUUGGAAAAGGCAGUUUUGGUCAAGUUGUAAAAGCAUAUGACCAUAAAAAUGGUGUUUAUGUUGCUUUAAAAAUGGUAAGAGAUGAAAAACGCUUCACACAUCAAGCAGCUGAAGAAAUUCGAAUUCUAGAAGAAUUAAAGCAGCAAGACAAGGACAAUACACGUAAUGUGGUGCAUAUUUUUGAUCAUUUUACCUUUCGCAGUCACGUCUGCAUGACAUUUGAACUACUAAGCAUGAAUUUAUAUGAAUUGAUUAAACGAAGUAAAUUUCAAGGGUUUCCACUUCAGCUAGUUCGAAAAUUUGCUCAUUCUAUUUUAGUCUGUUUGGAUAUGUUACACAGAAAUAAGAUCAUACACUGUGAUCUGAAGCCAGAAAACAUUCUUCUUAAACAACAAGGCAGAAGCGGAAUUAAAGUGAUUGAUUUUGGUUCAAGCUGUCAUGAAAGUCAACGUAUAUACACUUAUAUACAGUCGAGAUUUUACCGAGCUCCAGAGGUGAUCCUUGGCUUUAAAUACGGUACAUCGAUAGAUAUGUGGAGUUUUGGAUGCAUUUUAGCAGAGCUGCUUACAGGUGCUCCAAUAUUUCCAGGGGAAGAUGAAGCGGACCAACUCGCUUGCAUAAUAGAGCUGCUUGGGAUGCCGCCGCAAAAGCUACUGGACCAAUGUAGAAGAGCUAGACACUUUUUUUCGACGACUCAUGGAUAUCCAAGAUACUGCAUGGUUACAGAUGCGGAUGGUCGUGUUGUUUUGCGUCCUAGUAAGAGUAAAAGAGGAAAGAUUAGAGGUACACCAGGCAGUCGGUCACUAGUUGCAGCGCUAAAUGGUUGUGAAGAUGCUGUCUUCCUUGAUUUUCUCAGAAGAUGCCUGCAGUGGAUACCAGAAGAGCGACUGACCCCUCGUGAGGCUUUCAGACAUGAAUGGCUUCGUAGAAGAUUGCCGAGACCUCCUGGAGCUGGAAAAAUAUCCUCCAUCCUAUCAGUUACUCAUACUAUGCAACCACCUCCUAAUGUUUCUACAACUGCUCAUACUACGACAAAUACAACCACAAACAUUACCACCAAUACAUCUGUUAGCAUACCAACAUUUGGAAAUAUUGUCAGUGAUAUUCCAACCACUGUACGCAAUGGCAAUACCGAUGCUUUGAUCUGUACAACCACAGCUGAAAACAGAUCUCUCAAAGAUUCUAUUCCUACUUCUAAUGAUCAUACAAAAGUUACAGCGACAGCUCCAUUCUCUGUCAUGAAUGCACCCUCGGUCACAAGUGAACCAAUAGCCACUAUGUCAGUGAAAAAGUCUGUUAGUAAUACCUAUAUUGCCCCUAUCCCAGAAACUGAGUUAGCUGUGACAGCUACGGAUGAUUCACUUAAAGAUGCAGAGGAUAGAAGGAGACUGGUAGGGGAGAAAAUCAACAAUGUUAAUCUCAAACACAGUGAACAUAAACAUUAGUCGUGUAAAUAUGGUGUAAAAAAUUGAGUAUGCAUCUUUAUUUGUGAAUAAGAUUACACACGCUUCAAGUAACGAAAUGUGAUAAUUCGCUAGUGAAAUAAUUUAUACUCGAAAAUUCUAAUGAAUCUUCAAAAGAUUGAAGAAAUAAUAAUCACCUUUUUAUUUUAUUGUGUAAAUUAUAAUUCUAUUGCUUUCCUUCUUCUUUGUGAUAAUACAUCACAAUGUGAUGAUGUAAAUUUAAAAAAAAGCUGAAAGAGAAACAUCUUUCCAUACCUUUAUUGCUGCCUCUUUUACUUCACUGGCAGAAAUAAUGGUGGUCAUUAUGGUUGAAGUAGUCAGUUACUGGUAGUAAUAAUGAUACAGACGUUUUCAUUAUUUUCACUACUUUGCAUAUUAACUAUGAUGUAUGUUUUAUAGGAAUGUUUCCAUCCUAUACAAGAUUGUAAAUAUCAAUCAACAUACUUUUAUUCCAGUGAUAUUUGUAGAUGUUUACGUUCAAAAGGGACUAAACAUAUAAUCAUCUAAUUUCAGUCUUAAUAUGUCAUUAUUUCCUAUCCUGCCCUUGUAAAAGAAAGGUCCUAACUACAAAAUCCGAGUGUUAAAAAGAAGGGGUUAAUAAAAAUUGCUUCCAUAUU